UUUCCUCUGACGGUAAACGCAGCACUUACAUGUCUUAACGUCGUGCACUUGCAACGUUCUCACCCUGAGUGAAAGUUGCUGAGUUGGUACAGCCUGUGCCCGUAAGAUAGAAAAGCGCAUUCCGUAGUCUUAAGGAGCGGACAGCAGUGUUUGGGCUGUCACAAGCCGAGACAUGCCCGAUUCUCGACCGAGUGAACCUGGUUCGAAGGUUUCAGACCCACAGCAUUCUCAGAAACUGCUCAUGGUUCUUCGCACCUUCUGGCAAGAACAAAGUUUCCACGAUGCACUGCUGGUGGUUGACGGAGAGGAGCUUCCUGUCCAGAAAAACAUCCUGGCUGCUGCUAGCCCAUACAUCAGGACCAAGCUGAACUACAAUCCUCCAAAGGAAGAUGGGUCCACAUACAGAAUUGAGCUGCAAGGGGUCUCCAUGGCCAUCAUGAAACAUAUCCUGGACUACAUCUUCAGUGGUGAAAUCACUUUGAGUGAAGAGACCAUCCAGGACAUGGUGCAGGCGUCUGACCUGCUCCUCAUGACCGACCUCAAGUCCUUGUGCUGUCAGUUCCUAGAGAGCUGCAUCACUGCAGAGAACUGCAUUGGCAUCCGGCUCUUCUCUCUGCACUACUGCCUUUAUCACGUCCAUUAUGUUGCCACUGAGUACCUGCAGACACAUUUUCGUGAUGUGGCUCUGACUGAGGAGUUCAGGGAGCUGACCCCAGACCGGCUCUGCGAGGUGCUCGCCAUGGAAAAACUGAAUGUGGGAAAUGAAAAGCAUGUGCUGGAGGCUGUGGUGCGAUGGUUCGCUCAUGACCCAGAGGAUCGCAGGGUACACAUGAAGGAAGUGAUGUCUGCUGUAUGGCUGCAGGGCCUGGACGUGGGCUACCUGAGAGAACAGGCCAUGGGGGAGCCACUGAUGAGGGAGGUGAUCAGAGAGUACUGUCAGUCAGUGCUAGGGGACGGUCAGCUGCAGGGUGAGGCACUGCUCGCCGCCUUCAAACCCAGAGGUUAUUCUGAAUGUAUUGUUAUUGCUGGAGGAGAGGAUCGCAAAAGCAGGAAGCCAACCGCUGCAAUGCGCUGCAUGUGUCCGCUCUACGACACCAACAGACAGGCCUGGAUCGAGCUGCAGCCAAUGAGUGUCGCCCGCAUAGGCCACGGGGUGGUUGCUGCUGAGGGUUUUCUGUUUGUGAUGGGUGGAACAGAUGAACACAACACAGUCCUGGACAGUGGAGAGAAAUAUGACCCUGACUCCAACACCUGGAGCCCCAUACCCCCAAUGCUUCAGGCUCGUCAGAACUUUGGUGUGGUGGAGCUGGACGGUCUGAUCUACAUUCUGGGAGGAGAGAAUGAAGUAACGGAGCUGAUCACUGUUGAAGUGUUUGACCCUCACUUCAAUACCUGGAAGAUGCAGACCAGUAUGACCAUGAUCCGCAAGGUCGGCUGCUACGCCUCCAUGAACAAGAGAAUCUACGCCAUAGGUGGGGGCUCCUAUGGCAAGCUGUUUGACUCCGUUGAAUGCUUUGACCCUAAAACCCAGCAGUGGACUGGCCUCUGUCCUCUGAAGGAGAGACGGUUUGGAUCGGUGGCAUGUGGCGUAGGCCAGGAGCUUUACGUGUUUGGUGGAGUGAGAAGCCAAGAGCCCGACAACCCCGAACAAAGGCAAAUGACGACCUGCAAAUCUGAGUUCUACCAUGAUGAGAUGAGGAGGUGGAUGUUCCUUGAUGACCAAAGCCUGUGUAUUCAGACCAGCUCAUCCUUCGUCUAUGGUGCUGUGCCCAUCGGAGCCAGCAUCUAUGUAGUGGGAGACCUGGACACAGGCACGAGCUUUGACUACAUCCGGGAGUUUCGUCGCAGCACUGGCACGUGGCAUCGGACCAAGCCUAUGUUACCCAACGACCUCUCCAAAACAGUCUGCGCCGCCCUGCGCAUCGCCAACUGUCGACUGUUCCGACUUCAGCUGAGCCAGGGCAUGUUCCGAAUCAGAGUCUGACAUCCAUACUCACACACUGCACACUGGUACUUUCUACUUGCUGUAGGUUUAGGUUUAAGAAAUGUAAGAACACUAAAGUACUAAUAAUAAUUAAUAUAUAAUAAUGAAUAAUUGCUAGAUGUGAUUGUGAAUGUUCAGGGGUUUCUACUCAAGACCCUUUUGCUGUAAGACUUAAGGUGACAAAGUUCAUCUAGACACAUUUUUUACAUUAUUUUAAGGCAAUUUUACUCACCAAAAUAUUUUUCUUUUUUAAUGUAGGAUUUAAUCAUUUUUUUAAUUUUUAUUUUAAUGGACAUUCCACAUUUGUAAUGUUUACUGCUGGUCUGUUGCUUGGUGAGGGAUUUAAACUGUAAACAACGUGAUAAAUUAACUGCCACAUUAUCACUUGAGGAAUUAUGAUGGAUUUUUUUAGAGGAAACAUUUCAACAGUACUACUUUUGUGCAAUAUGCAUUUUAGGAUGUUUUGUGUAGUUCGGUUGUGUAUUCUGGCCAAAUUGAAACAACAUAAACAUUUGUCCAGAUAUUUGCAGCAGUGGGCAGAAAUUCUUUCAGUUAUAGAAAUCUUACGGUGGAAGUCAGGCCCCCCCAGAGAGCAAGGCAUCAUUUUGCAGCCGUCACACAAGGAGAAAUCUUUUCUCUUCUGCUACCAGCUUCCAUAUAUACCAAAAUACAAUGAAACCACAAGAAAAGGCAUUUUGAGUAACGGCUCUACACGCUGCACUGAAACUGUGGUCUUAUGAGUUCAGUGUAUGUCACACACAAAUCUUGGUUACAGUCCGUGUAAGGCUAUACAGAAUCAGCUUUGACUGUUCCACAAAUGAGAGUUGAAUCUCAGUGCUAAUGUUAAAUGUUGACUGAGAAAAAACAUUGCAAGUAGUAGGCACGUUGUCAGCUUCCAUCAUCAUCAAUCUGAAAUGCAGCAAAACAAAAGACUAAACCGUGGCCACAGUGCGGACACUGUUUUUAUUUGUAGCUUUAUUCAAAGCACUGACACUGACAAAACUGCAUCUACCAGUGUUCUCUGCACUACUGUGUGUUUACUCCGAUUGCUUGGUUUGUAGACUUAGAGACUUGCAUAUUGUUUAAACUGGAGGACGUAUUCUCUGUCUUUGGUUGCCAAAGCUCAAAAUCAACCAAUGAUGAUGUCCCACAAUAUUUUUUUAAUAUAUUUUAAUUGUCACUUUAGUCAUGGACAAGCCAAAGUCACAGUGUGUGUAAGGAUCAUGAUUGUAGCUAGAAGCUCUUCUCUUCUUUCAAUCUACAAAUUGAAAACCAUAGCUAUGCAGCAGAAUAAUCAUGAUCAUUGUAGAAAUGCAAGUUGAGGAAAAAUUAGUACAUCAAAAAGUAAAUCACAAAGCGCCUAACUUUAAUUGCCAGUUGUUAUGAUUGUGCAGGCUGUCUGGGCUCAGCCUGUUCAGAAAUAGAUGUCACUGCAAAUGACACUCUUUGAGUUGUUGGAUAUGUUGCAGCCUCCGUGACCUCUGCCCCAGCUUUCUAGUCAGUACAGUUUUGGCAUCCCUUGACCCUAUUUGUUCUGUGUGAGUUACAGCUGCUGCUGUCUGUCCUCAGCUCAGAGGUAGCGCAGACAAAGUGGACUCUCACUCAGUGGAGCUCAUGGAGUUUUGAUCCAAACACACCUCUCAUAAUAUUAGGAAGGCUGAUGUCUGACCAGUAAAGACCAUUACAAAGUAAACUUUAAACUGUAAAAGUCCAUGGUCUUGCAAGAAUGGAAAACUAAUGUGACAAGCAUGUGACACAAAAUCAGAAGAUAAUCAUAUACAUUUUAAACAGUAUAUUCAUGUGUCCUUGUGUGGAAAAGUGAGAAAACUGUUGCAUUAGAAUCAUUGUAGUACGUCACUACAGGAUUUUAUAAUUCUCAAACUUUCAGAGACAUCAUCUUGUUGCACCAGCUGAACAGAUAAUUGAUCCUCAGAGUCAGUAUUUACAAAUCCAUUGUGAGUAUUUACUUUUCCUGUAAGCUCACUUCAUUGUUCAGGUGCACCAUUUCUGCUGAGGCUACAGCUUUACUAAAGGCUCACAGUUUUCUUGACCAAAAUCUAAAUCAAAGAUCAACAUUCUGAUCACUGAGAAUCUCUUUCCAUCCAUUGUGUUUCUAGUGUAUUUUGAUUUACUUUUCUUUUUUUUCUUUCUUUUUUUAACUAAGGUGAAGAUGACUUACAUCACAAUCACACAUGGUCCCAUAUAGUGACGACAUCAACAAUUUCAGAUGAAGUCAACUCCUUUACAGUCAAAGUUAAAGGUACACUAUGGAGCUUUUGUGGAUCCCUGGUUUAUUUGUAAUGCCACCAGUUUUGUUAACGCACACAGAAGUGCGGCAGUGCUCCCAUGAAGGCAGGGAAGAAGUGAAUGCAGCAUAAAAUUGCAUGUAAUCACAUUUAUUCCAGAUAAUGGUAACUGUGGAGCACAAAUCCAAGCAAAGUUAGUGUCAUCAUAAAUCUAAAGAGAUGCAGUCCGUUAUAGAAAAUGUACUCCCUGUAUAAACAUUGAAGAGCAUUUUCCUCUGGUUCUUGUUUCAUUAGUCCCUACCAUUUUCUAGCGACCCCUGUUUGACCCAAGCUAUGAAACUUAAACACAGCUGGUGUAGCAGGCUGCAGGUCUUAUAAUUAAGGCAACAACUAAAUAUAGGUUCUGCUGUAAAUGUAAUGUUUACAAGCAAAAUUAUUCGCUUUUUAUAUUAUGUGAAAUGAAUACAAAGGUCAGUAUCACCACUGUGUCACACCAUAGGAAAAGAACAGUUCCUCUACAGUAACAACACACCAGCUUAAUAUUAAAGGAUUUCCUGGAGCUCAUCCAAACACUAGAAAGCAUCAGGACCAAUAUGCUGAGGCUUGACUGUGAAUACUGUGCUUCCUUGUUUUUGCAGAGACACUUAACAUUCCAUAGUGUCCAAUCAUUUACAGUAAAUACUCUAGUAGAUUAGCAAGCUGCUCUGUAUCCUAAACAACUCUUACAUGUUAACACCUUAUGACCGUCUAUAUUGUGAUACACUGGAAAACACAACAAGGGAAAAUAAAAGCGGUCUGAACCAAAGUCAUGUUGUGAAAGACAGGGAGUGAAACUGUUGUUUCAGUUUGUAGUUUUGUAACUGAUGCAUGAGGAGGUUUUGUAAGAUGUUGCUCAUGAGUGUCAUUCAUCUACGUCAAAGGAAUUAAAACACCAAAGUGGUCAACUGUAUGCCCUA